AAACCAGUAUUUCCAGGUAACCCAGUGUUUCCAGAAGCUCCAGUUGCUCCUGCCUGUCCGCGUGGUCCAGCAGGUCCAGAAGCAUCACCUGCAGGUCCAACUGGACCAGGGCUUCCUGCAUUACCUGGUGGUCCCAUGAAACCAGAUGAUCCUGUUGCUCCGGUAUUUCCCGGACUUCCAGGUGGUCCUACAACACCAGCAUCACCGUUAUCACCCGGAAAUCCAGGCGGUCCAGCCACACCAGGUUGUCCAAUUGAUCCUAAUGUUCCUGGCGGUCCAGGGUCUCCACGUGGUCCUUGA